AUGGCUGACAGCAGGCCCAAGCCCGCCAAGUCCGCCAACAAGACACCCCCCAAGUCCCCGGGGGACCCCACCAAGGACAAGGCUGCCAAGAGGCUGUCGCUUGAGUCGGAGGGGUCCGGCGAAGGGGCGGCCGCCACGGGCGCAGAGCUCAGCGCCCUGGAGGAGGCCUUCCGGAGGUUCGCGGUGCAUGGGGACACCCGGGCCUCGGGCAGGGAGAUGCACGGCAAGAAUUGGUCCAAGCUGUGCCGGGACUGCCAGGUGAUCGACGGCCGGAGCGUGACCGUCACUGACGUGGACAUCGUCUUCAGCAAAAUCAAGGGCAAGUCCUGCAGGACCAUCACAUUUGAGCAGUUCAAGGAGGCGCUGGAGGAGCUCGCCAAGAAGAGAUUCAAAGACAAGAGCGCGGAAGAGGCCGUCAGGGAGGUGCACAAACUCAUCGAGGGCAAGGCCCCCAUCAUCUCGGGGGUGACGAAAGCCAUCUCCUCACCCACCGUGUCACGGCUCACGGACACCACCAAGUUCACGGGCUCUCACAAGGAGCGCUUCGACCCAUCAGGCAGGGGCAAGGGCCGGGCGGGUCGCGUGGACCUGGUGGAUGAGUCGGGCUACGUGCCGGGCUACAAGCACGCGGGCACCUACGACCAGAAGGUGCAGGGGGGCAAGUAG